GUUCAGCUCCGGUGAGACUGAUUGAAACAGAUUGUAGCGCCGAGUCGCGAUGGCAACAGUCUGCCGGAAACUGGAAACUUUUCUCGUGUCUUUAAACUGUGUUUAACUCCACACGGAUACCAUCUGACGCCAAGGGAAUACUUGCUCAUGUGAGAAACAAACGUCAAACCAUCCCAACUAUCCGAAAAUGUCCCAGGGAUGUAGAGUUUCUGUGGUAGAGGUCCAGUCUUGGUGGGAAGUCCCCGCCAUAGCCCACUUCUGCUCGCUCUUCAGGACAGCGUUCCGUCUUCCUGACUUUGAAAUAGAGGAGUUGGAGAGCGCCAUCUCGGAGCAGGACUUGGACUUUCUUGGGGACCUUAUUGCUUGUUUGUUGCAGGGAUGCUACCAGCGAACAGACAUAACACCUCAAGCAUUCAGCCGGUACCUGGAUGACAUCAUAAGCUACAGAUGGGAACUUGAAGAGGGGAAACCCAACCCACUUCGAGAGGAACCCUUCGAGAACCUCCCCCCUCGCACUCAGGUGGAAUUAAUUCACCGCCUAUGUGACUACCGUUUGGAUGCUGCCGAUGUCUUCGACCUGCUGAAGGGCCUGGAUGCUGACAGUUUGAGAGUGGAACCACUGGGGCAGGAUGGAAAUGGAGCCCUCUACUGGUACUUUUAUGGCACUCGAAUGUACAAAGAGGAGCCGCUUAAUAAAGAACCAGAGAACUUAAGCCCUCAGGAUGAACCUGCUGAUCCUGCUUUCUUAGAGAAGAAAAGUGGAAGACCGUUCAAGAAAAGAAAAUUUGACGACUCUCAGUCCAGCAGUGAGGCGGAGAGUGAGGAGAAGUUAGAUACUGAAGAGGAUGAUCCACCUCCUCCCAGAGCACGGUGUGAGCGAGGCACCUGGUCUCUGGUGUGUGACACAGAGGAGCAGUGGUUUAGUUUGGCUGAAAGCAUUAAGGACAAGACCUCCCCGCAGGAUCGUCACCUCUACCGUGUCAUAAGCCAAAACUUUCUCCCCGAGAUCAGCAGCAUGAUUGAACACAAGGAGCAGGAGUUGAAGCAAAAACUACUGCAGCCAAAACCUGUUCGCACUGCGCAAUGGUUUGCUGAUAAAAACACCAAUAAAGAGGACAAUGAGGACAAUCUCAAAGGCCUGACAGAAGGGGAGAAGAAAAAAGAUGACAUUGAAGUGGAAAGGCAGCUUCUGCUGGCAGAGCAGCGAAAAGAAGAGGAGAGACUUCAGCAGGAGGAACAACAGAGAGAGAAGCUGGAAAAGGUUAAAGCUGUGGAAGAACGAGCAAAAAGACGCAAGAUGCGAGAAGAAAAGGCUUGGCUGGUGUCUCAAGGAAAAGAACUCCCUCCUGAACUUUUGAAUUUGGAUCCUUCCUCACCUGUCCACCGAAGACGGAAGAGUAAACAAUACUAUGAAAUCGAUGAUGACUACACAGCUUUAUACAAAGUGCUUGAAAACUUAAAAGCACAUAAAGAUGCCUGGCCUUUCUUGGAGCCUGUAGACGAAUCAUAUGCACCCAACUAUCAUGACAUCAUCCAGACACCCAUGGACCUGUCCACUAUCGAGAAGAAGCUCAAUGAUGGGGACUACGUCUCUAAAGAGGAGUUUAUCGCCGACGUGAAGCUCAUGUUUGAAAACUGCACUGAAUACAAUGGCGAGGAUAGUGAGUACACUACGAUGGCCGAGUCGCUGGACCGCUGUUUCAACCGUGCGCUGUUAAAACACCUGCCGUCUGAGGAGGUGGAUACAGAUGAAGAGUUCCACAUCAGCAAAGAAGACAAAGACCGGAAGGAAAAGAAGAGGAAAAGCAGUAGUAAACAUUCCGGGCCUGAAAGUCUCAUUAAGGCCACUGAGCAGGUCCAGCGUAAAAUAAAUCUUCAAAAAGGCAAAGGUGGUGCUCUUUUAGAGGAAGACCACGGCAGGUUUGCGCACCAACCUCCUCACAGACACUGGGCCAAUGGUCCUCCUCAUCAUCCUCAUAGUCUUCCUCCAGGCCAGCAUCCCAUGCAAGGUCAUAUCGGGGGAAUAUACGCUGGACAACGGCCCCACGGUCCACCAGUUUCACACAUGUACAGCCAUAGAAUGGCCAUGGAUCCUCGUUUCGCAUACCCUGCUCACAUGCCAAGACACGGAAAUCCUCACUUCAACCACAUGCAACCAAAUUAUAACAUGCAGCAUCGAGUGGGAAACCCUCAUCAGUAUCCACUGGGCCCUAAUCCUAACCAUCUACAGCCUGCUCACCAGCAGCAACACCCAUACAUGGGCCCUGCACAUGGCCCAUCUCUUGGUCCACGUCCAGCUGCCCUCCAACCAAGACCCCCUCCUGAAGGCAGCAUGUACCCAUCCCAGCAUCAUCUGGAAAACCACAACCUUAACCCAAUGGCAAACAGAUUCACUGGACCCGAAGGACUACAUCAUCAGAACUAUAGAGGCUUACGGCCUACUGGUAUGGGCCCGGCGAACAUGUGGACUAGCAUGAACCACCAGGAGAGGCCUCGAGGAAUGCACAUGCAGGACCCCGAUGUAGUCAAUCAACACAACUUUGGUUACGGCGGAGUUCCUCCUCCAGUGGGGCAGAGACCAUGGCCAGAAGCUGAUGGAUAUCCUCAUCCUUCCUCUAAUGCCCAUUUACACAUGUCCACAGUGAUUGGGUCACCUGGCCCGCCUCCGUCUCAGCCCACUGUAAUCCAGCCGGACCCCAGCCAGACUAGGACACACUUGGCUUCAAUGCUGGAAAGCCCAGAGAUGCUGGCUCUGCAGCAACUGUCCGCCUCUUCCAACCCCCCUGCUGGCUACCCUCGCCAGCUCGUGGGUACCAUUGAGGAGAAGGGGCCCCCAUCAAGAAUUGGCAGCAUCGCGGGUCACUUGUCACAGCAGCUCCCCGCCGUCGCAGAGGUUCAGCUGGGCCACCCUGCUGAAGACAAUAAAGCAGACGACCAACAGACAGACAUCCAGUCCAAAGACGCAGUGACGGAGAAGGACCGAGCUGCUGAAAGUACUUCCGGUGAAAACGCAGCACACAGAAGCACAGUGUCCACUACUGGCCCAGCUGAGGGAAUGCACCCGACCAUAGGAGGGUCACCCCAAAACUUGUCAGGAGCAGAACCCCUUCUCAGAGCCUCAGAGUAUCACAAGCAGGAGAAUGGUGGUCGGGGAGAUUCAGCCAGUAGCUGCAUCCCUCAGCCGAAUGGUGCUAUUUCACCACAGCUCAACUCCAGUGUUACAAGCAGACCUGGGUCAGCUGCCACUAACCCACCUCACGAUCGGAUUCAGAGCCCUGCAAUGAUUUCUCAGAACAUUCCAUCUUGUCAAAAUGGAAAGCAGCAACUUUUAGGGAAUGAUUCCCAGAUAACGACCAACCCGAAGAAUGGAAAUGAUCCUCAUCUAUCCGGCACUAUUUCUUGCACCACGGGUCCUUCAAAAGAAGUCCCCCCAAAAGCACAGCAGCCCUCUUCACAAUGUGCGACCCAGCCAAAUAUUUCCCAAAGUAACUCUCCUAAACAGCCUACAAUUAACAGUUACUUACAUGGCAUGCUCCAAAGCGCGACACAAGGGGCCCAUCCCGGACAUCCGCAUCCUGCCCCUUUGACUUCGCUGCCCCCAAGUCACCCAAUGCCACAGUUACCUUCUCAGCCAUUCCCAGCGGACCAUGGCGACCAGAAGCCCAGUGAACCUACUAGUAGACAAGAUGCCGAGGAGACGGCUACUCUUCAUCAGCUCAACGUAUCCUCAAAUAAUAUGCUCAAGAGUCAGGUUCACCAAACUGGACGUUAUCAAACCCCACAGAUGAGCAGCAGCUCAGGUUUGGAGCCCCGAGGACCAAUGCCCAGCAAUACCCCAGCUAUGACGCCUCAAGACAAGGAAAAUGGGGUUAUGAAUGCGUAUAGUGGGAGAAAGCCAACCCAACAAUGCAGUCAGACAAAUCCAACCAGACCAACUCAUCAAUCAGCCCAUCCCCUAUAUCCCAACCAGGCCGUACCAAACCCCCAUUCUGAUCAUCCCACCUACCAGCAGCAAGGGGGCAACACUUACUCGUACUCAAUGCCUGGCCAUCAGCCCCCUCAGCAAUACCCUAAUGCAUACACGCCUCACUUCCAGCAACACCCCUAUUACCAACAGCCGCAGAGCCACAGUAAACUUGGCUUUCCCCCUCAAAACUGGCACCGGCCACCAUUUCAACCACGCCAACCAAUACCCCCCUCAGGAUAUUUGCCUCAGCCAGUUGGCAAAGGCAACAGCCCGUCUCUAGAUGGCUGUGGGUCAUCCGUGGGUGCUGGCGCUUUGAAUGGCUCUGGAUUGAUGUCCCCGUCUUCCAUGUCUGGGGACGGGCUGGAGGAAGGUAGGGCUGCCAAUGAAAACAACACCAAAGGUUUCUCACCCGCAAACCACAGCCACUCUGACCGCCCCGACAGCCCUAAAGAACUUUUGGACCUUGACAGUCAUAAUGCUGCUGCUCGCCAUCACAGCAACCAGCAUUCUCAACUGCAACGACCCCCUGGCUUCAUGUAUGACCCUCGUACUGUGCACCCUGGAAUGCUACAUGGAGGCAUGCCGCCGUCUCACAUGAUGUCUCAACCACGCGGAGUUGGAAAUGGAACCCUCUACAAUACUCGAUUCGCGAGUGCAGUUGCUUAUCCCGCCCAGGGACCGCAUCCGCAUUUAAUGGAGGCCCUUCAGCGGCCACAGCAGCUACCAUACUCGCCAGGGCAGAGCCGCCACGCCAUGUACCGACACCCGCAGCCAAGUGGCCUCUAUCAAGGCAUGUUAAUUGAGCAAAGAGGUUUGGCCCCAGAACACUUCAUGAAUCCGGGGCAGCAGAUGAUGGCUGCUCAAGGAGGACCCAACAGCAAGCAGGGAGUGUGACAAGAUUCUUGUCUGGGGAGCUGACUCCGUUGCUGGGCACUCAGCAAAUUCAAGAGAACACAUCUCCUGGUCGUCUCACACUGGAUCCAGCCUCAGAUGUCAGAAUUCCAUAUGGAAAACCUCAUCCUGCCAAGAAGCUUGUCCCAACAUAUCAAGAAUUACU